AUGACACGUGGAAGACACCAACAUCUUGCACCGCCAUCGAAUGUGGCUAAAGUAAAUCGUCUUCGCUUCUUUGGUCAUAUAUUAAAGAGACCGGCAGAUCGCCUUGUUCAACGAGUUCUGAGGAGUUCGUCGGGUUCGAGCUGGAAGAAGUCACCUGGCCGAAAACGAAAGUUCUGGAUUGAGGUGGUGAAAGAGGACCUGAGGACACUCGGCGUGGAUAGGCAGUUCAGGCGAGACGUAAGGUUUCGCAGAAUAUGGAAUAGCGACGAAUGCAUUGAUUUUGUGCAAGCUCUCGCAGAAGAUCGAGAAGGUUGGGCAGGGCUGCGUUCAAGGACGGCACACCUCGGCGGUGGAUGUGGGUAA